CUUCCUGUUUGUGCUGAGCGUGCAGGUUCCUUACCCAGCUAUUGUUACAGUUACUAUCAUGAUAGUCGUUAUUAUGGGAGUGAGCGGGUCUGGGAAGUCUGAAGUGGGAUCUAUACUGGCUCGAAAGAUGGGAUGGAAGUUCUACGAUGCAGAUGAUUAUCAUCCCGUACAGAACAAACUGAAAAUGUCACAAGGAAUACCAUUAAAUGAUCAGGACAGGCACCCGUGGCUUUGUAAAUUGCAUGAAGUAAUAACAAGAGAAAAAUCAUUUGGGCAUCACGUUGUGCUGGCAUGUUCAGCUUUGAAAAGGGCCUACAGGACGACGUUGACAACAGGGAAGAAUCCUCUUAUGGAUGAAAAUCCUCAAGAAGGGAGGCACGACAUUUCCUCUGAUAUGUUGUUCGUUCAUUUGCAAGGCUCAAUAGACAUUAUCUCCGAUAGGCUGCAGAAACGAAAAGGACAUUUCAUGCCUUUAACAUUGCUAGAGUCCCAGUUUCAGACAUUGGAGCCUCCAGCAGAUCCAGAAGUUUUCAUCACCGUGAAUGUUGAGAGAGAGAUUUCAGAAACAGUGCGUGAAAUUGAGAAAGAAUUAAAAAGUAAAAUCAAUUGAAACCAUUCCAUGCUUAACCCUUAAAUCUACCCUUGCAUUGUUAAUGCACUCAAUUGCAGCGUAGUAAUGUGGUUAUGAUCAUAAGUUGAUUCAUCUGGUGUGUGAUGUCAUCACGUCGCUCCCAUAUAAAAAUAGUUUCUCUCUGUUAUUCCUUAAUGGAUCCAUUAUGGGAAGCAAGAAAGGAAAAAUCCGCCCAAAAUUAAUCCAGCACCAUUCCAGAAAAUAUUUGCAUGGCUUUAAGCGUCAUAAACGUAACAUCUGCAAAGCAUUUUCUUUGAGUAAUAAAGCAAGCACAUUUUUGAGUAAGCAUUUCUAGCAAAUAAUCACUUCUCUGGGGAUUACAGCCUGCAAUAAAUGCUACAUCAUCA